CACCACACUCCGCCUAUACCUCCCCCUUUUGUCCGGCCAAAGAGCCCCUGUCUUCCGCCUGAUUUUCCAUCCGCGAUUUAUUAUCCUGUCCUGUUGUUCUUAGCUGGCUUCCAACCUAGAUAGUCCUCCUCCCGACUGAUCAACGCCCAGCGAGUCGACGAUAUCCAGGUUCUCAUCGGAUCGCAGCUACCAACAAAACCCUCAUAAGCUGCUACCAGCUCCGCUUCUUGCGAGGUCUUCCGUACUCCCUCCGAAUCUGUGAGCUGCUCCGCGCUUCGGCGCGCCGUGAGACACACACCUCUGAUACGUUUCGCUUCGUAAGUUCCUGUAUUAGUUCGUCAGCAUGUUUAUGGGAGGACCCCCCCGCCGGCCAGAGAAGGCUGCUGCCUUGAAGCAGCUGAGGCAGCAUCUGGCUGUUCUGGGGGUGUGGGUUGUGGCGAUCAGGCUCACGCCCUAUGUGCUUCAUUUGUUCACCAAGGAAAAGGAGCAGCUUACCCUUGACUUGUAGAUUUCCUCUUCCACAAUUAUGGUAGGUAGGACUAGCGAGUUGAUGUGGAUCUUUUUGCAAAUGUGAUUUGCCAUGCAGAUGGAUGCCUAGAAAAUCAGAUGAAGGCCUAAAAGCACUCUUGAAAUUCUGACGAAGACAGACCCUGUUUGCCAAUGCCAAUGAUUCGAUUUCUCGUCUCUAGUCCUUCGCUUGAGCGAUUUCGUUCGUGGACUGGCCGAGUGUGCGAAGCGGGAGAAGCAGUUGAGGGCAGAGCGGAUCGGGGGAAUUCGAAAGCAAGGUCUAUGGAACUAGUUUGAAAUGAUAAGAAAACGGACGUCCUUCCCAUCGAGCUGGUCCGACUGCAAGGUCUACUACCGAGGCGCCUUGAGCCAAGCAGGAGGGUCUAAGAGCGAGGUCUAUCAGUAGUUAAACAGACUCUCGAGUCAAUUCAAUUGUGACCUAAGAACAAGGUCGGUCGCACGUGGGGUGCUUUUCGUUUCCGACUAGCAGGGGGACUGAGGGAACGAGGUAGAGCUAGGGUAAGAGUGAGGGAGAGAGAUAGUGAAGGGAAACAGCCCAGGGUAGUGGUACGGAGAUAGCGAUGAACAGGGGGAGAGGAAGGGAGAGAGAGAGGGAGAGGGAGCGAUUGAGAGAGACGGAGAAGGAGAGAGGGCGGGAGCGGGGAAAAGGGUGGGAGGGGAGAAGCGACGCGAACGGGGAGGGAGAGCGGAGGGCGCGCGAGGAGGGGAGGGGAGAGCGGGAGAAGCGGGAGUUGGGGGGAAGGAGGCAGUUAGAUCGGGAGAAACGAGUGCGGGAGGAGGGUAGGGAGAGGGUUAGGGAAGUAGGGCGAGGAACCGAACGAGACAAAGACUGGGAUAAAGAUGGGGAUAGGGAUAAAGAUCGAGAUAGGGAUAAAGAUCGAGAUGGGGAUAGGGAGGUGGAUAGGGGUAGAGUUAGAGACUUGGAUAGGGGCGGGGAUACGGAUAGGGCCACCCGAGGCAAACGAGCAGGAGAGAAGGAGAGAGGUGGAGACGUACGGCGAGAGGGAGAGGUGGGGGAGAGGAACACGCGAGACAACGACACAGGCGUCCGGGAAAUCAGGGACAGGGCGAUUAAAAGCAGCGAUAGGGACGCGCGAGGCAGCGAUAGAGACAGGAAUCUCGGAGUUGACGAGAAAAGUAGGCCUUUUUGCGACAGGAAAUCUCGAGACAAGGAAUUUGUAGGUGAUGGUUCCCGAGAGGUGGCUCGGGAUAGGCGGGAGAGGUGGAGAGAGAGAAUGGGCAGCGUAAAGGACGAUGAGGGGAGGGGGGGUCGGGGAUGGGAGAGAGGGUCGAGCUUUUCUGAGGAAGGUUCAGAGGAAGGUUCCAUGGACCGAAAACGAACGACGGAAAAGAGGAGGGAGGAAAGGAGAGAGGAGAGGCAGGGGGGGAGGAAGGAGGAGAGGAGGAAGGAGAGGGAUGACGUGGAGAAAGAAUACUCGGACGAUGAGCCGAGGAGGGAGGAGAGGCGGGAGAGGAGGAAGGAGAGGAAGGGGAGGGAUGACGUGGAGAGAGAAGGCUCUGACGAUUCUCCUCCACGCAAUAGGCGCGCCGAUGCUACGGCUGCUACUGCUACUGGUGCUGGGUCUGGUGGAGCUAAAGAUGGCCUGGAUCGAAGUCCCAAGCGGACCAAAACGGGCUCCAAGGCUAACGGCUCAAAGGGAAGCGAGGCAGACGCCCCUGCCAACAGGAAGCCAGCCGCAGCCGCUUCAAGUGAAUCCAAGGACCCGCCUGCUGCAGCGUCCGCGUUGCCUCCCGAGCUGGCAGCUAUGGUCAAAGCACGGCUGGCUGCUGCCAAAGCAGGCACACUGUGCACCUCUGUCUCCUCCUCCUCCACUCCUCCCGCUUCCACUGCUGCCUCUUCCGCGCUCCUCCCCCCUCCACCAUCUGUAGCUGCAAGUAUGCAGGCAGCAGCGGCUGUAGCGGCUGCUGCUGCAGCUGCUGCUCGCAUAGGGGCCAGCAUUCAAUCUGCAGGGGGCGGUAGUGUUGGUGCUGCUGGCGGUGGAAUUACCAGUGGCGCUACAGCUGGGUUUUCUGGUGCUGCAGCAGCAGCUGCUGCUGCUGCCGCUGCUCGCAUUGGGGCCAGCAUUCAAGCUGCCGGUGCUGCUGGCGCUGGUAUCUCUGGUACUGUCGCCUCUGGUGUUUCUGGUGUUAUGGCUGCAACUGCCAGUGGUAGCAUACUGGGCAGUAUCGGUGCUGCUGGUGGGGUUGGUGUGGCUGCUGCUUUGAAUCCUGCGGCUACUGCAGCGGCAGCAGCAGCUCAAGUGAAUGCAAUGGCUGCAGCAAAGAGAGCAGCAGCGAUGGUGAGCAAGAGCAUUGGAGGGCCAGCAGCAGCGCCGCCUGGAAAGACGGGGUUGACAGCCGAGGAGAAGAGGAAGCUUCUGUGGGGCUCAAAGAAGGACUCCACUGCUGCACCUGCUGCAGCCCCUGCUGCUGCCACAGCUCCGGCUACCGUUACCUCUGCUGAUGCCGCUGCAGGGUCGACUGGUGAAGGUGCAACUGCUGGUGCUGGAGGUGCGGGUGGUGCUGCGGGUGGUGUGGGCGGGAUGGGCAGCAGCAGCAGCAAGGGGUGGGAGAACGUGCAUUUUGGUGACCGCAGCCGAGAACAGAAGUUUCAAAAGCUCAUGGGAGUGAAGGGAGUGAAGCCGGCACCUGCCAUGGCAGCAGCCGCAGAUAGAGCAGCAGCGGCAGUGGUGGGGGUGGUGAUGAGUGAGGAGAAGCAGAGGGAGCUGCAGGAGGAGCUGGAGCGGCAGUAUGUGGCUGGGCUCAGGCGCAAAGACGGGCGGACGGUUGGCCUUGGGCUUUAAGGGUAAGACUCAUUACAGCAAGACACAGUGUGAGCUAGGAGCAGAGUUGGAGCGGCAGUACGUGGCUGGGCUCACGCAAGGAUGGGCGGACGGUCAGGCUUGGGCUGUAGGGGUGCUGCUUUGAGGUGCAUAGGUGAUGUCUGAGGCGUCGCAGAGGGAGCUUCAGGAGGUGCUGGAGAGGCAGUACGUGGCUGGGCUCAGGCGCAAAGACGGGCGGACUGUGGGACUUGGGCUGUAAGAGGUGGUGUUGGUUUGGAGUACAUCAAUUAAGAGAGGCAGAGGGAGCUGCAGGAGCAGUUGGAGCGGCAGUACGUGGCUGGGCUCAGGCGCAAAGACGGGCGGACUGUGGGACUUGGACUGUAGGGAGUAGUAUCUUGACUCAAGGCAGCAGGGGGGAGGGGACAAAGAGCAGCAGCAGCAGCGGUGGGAGCAGGGGGAGAGAGCAGCAGCUGCAGCAGCAGUGGGAGCAGGAGGAGAGAGUAGCAGCAGCGCCGGUGGCGGUGGUGGGGGUGGUGAUGUCUGAAGGGUGGCAGAGCGAGCAGCUGCAGGAGGAGUUGGAGCGGCAGUACGUGGCUGGGCUUGGGCGCAAGGAUGGGAGGACAGUGGGUCUGGGGCUUUAAUCACAUGUGCAGUGGCGUCUGGGCUUCAAGGGUGGGGAUGGGCCUUAGGGUUUAAGGUUUACAGGGAGCAGCACCAAAGGAAGGAAGUGAUUGAGAGGCCGGGGUGAGGUACAGAAGCCAGAGCGGCAGUGCAGUAUGUUCGUGGUGUCGAGAGACCCGCUGGGGUUGCCCUUGAGAAGAUCCUAGGGGAAGGGCCACAGGCCUCUAUGCAUGGGGGUUUGUGGGCGCACUAACCCGCUACGUAACACACUCUUUUAACUCAGUGGUUAGUGACUGAGUUCGGACAUGGUAUCAGGGCGUGGGUGACUCGGUUUCAGUUCCCAGUGCCAGCACUGCCGAGGCUCUGGUGUCCUCCGCCUAUCCCAGCAAGGGGGGGUGUCAAGAGACCCGCUGGGGUUGCCCUUGAGAAGAUCCUCGGGCAAGGGCCACAGGCCUCUAUGCAUGAGGGGUUGUGGGCGCACUAACCCACUACGUAACACGCCCUUUUAACUCGGUGGUUAGUGACUGAGUUUUGACACGUGGCUGGCUGGGCUCUGCACUCGGCUGCACUGUGGGACUUGGGCUUAAAAUCUUGGAGGAUGCGGUUUGAUUUGUGGUGUCCUGUAACCGUGUAGCCUACUGACACUAGGAUUUCACAGUCGUACUACAGUUGUGUUGUCCACUGGCCUUCUAUCGUCUUCACGCAUAUGCUUUCCUG